AUCGAUACAUCAUCGACAAUUCUCCAUGUGUAAUGGAGUGUUUAACAGGUUUGAUAAGAUAAACCUGAUAUUCUAACCAAACUGUGGAAGUAGACUUGCAAUUUCGUCGUUUUACCAUAUUUUGUGAAAAUUAAAAAAUGAUGGAAAGCUCCGAUGAAAGUUCGGAAGAGACAGGCUGGGUACUAUACAGGGAUCGUGAAGAAUGGAGAGAUGUGAUUCCUGUGCCUCAGGAUGAUGGUCCUAAUCCUAUUGUUUCAAUUGCUUAUUCCGAAAAAUUUAGGGACUCGUAUGACUAUUUUCGGGCUAUCCUAAAAUCUGGUGAGAAGUCGGAGCGUGCACUAGCUUUAACGGAAGAUUGCAUCUACCUUAAUCCAGCAAAUUAUACAGUAUGGCAAUAUAGAAGAGAGAUACUUAGAGCUCUGGGCAAAGAAUUGCGAGAUGAAUUAAAAUCUACCAAUAUACUAACAGAAUAUAAUUCUAAAAAUUAUCAAGUGUGGCAUCAUAGGAAACUCAUUGUUGAAUGGCUUCAAGAUCCUACUGGGGAAUUAGAGUUUACAGAAAAUAUUUUAAAAGUUGAUGCAAAAAAUUAUCACGUUUGGCAGCAUCGUCAGUGGUGUAUAAAAACAUUUAAUUUGUUUGACCAAGAAUUGGAAUAUACAGAACAUUUAUUGAACGAAGAUAUUCGUAAUAAUUCUGCUUGGAAUCAACGUUACUUUGUAAUAAGUAACACAACCAAGUUUGAGCAAAAUAUAAUUGACAGAGAAAUUGAUUAUGCUUUGGAUAAAAUAGAAUUAGUUAAAGGCAACGAAAGUGCUUGGAAUUAUCUGCGAGGUAUUUUGAUGCAAGAUAGCAGUGGUUUGGCUUAUAAUGAAAAAGUGAGACAGAAGUGUGAGAAAUUAUAUAAUGCUGGGUGUCGUGUUAAUCAUUUAUUGGCCUGUAUUAUAGACAUUUGUCAAGAGAGACCAAUAACAGAUGAGUCGCCAGAUUCAAUAUUUCACAUUAAUAAUGCUCUUAAGCUGUGUAAAGAAUUAUCUGAGAAACAUGAUACAAUAAGAAGGAGAUAUUGGGAUUUUGUUGGUCAACAAUUAUUGGAAAAAAUGAAGUCAGAGUCUAAAAGUGCAUAGUUCUUUACUCUACAUUUUUAUAAAGAAAACACAAUUUUAAUUAAUACAUUAUGCAUCUAUAUAUCUGAAAGGAAUUGUGUAUUAUAUGUUUCCAUGUUGAAGUUAUUCUGAAGUACGCGAUGAUAUAUAAAAUGUAUCGUUCGUAAAAUUUGAUAAUGCAUUUUAGUCAAUAUUACUAAUUAACACAAAUCACUUUACAAAUAAGAGUUAGGAACUGGAAGAAUUUUAUAAGAUGUAUACAAAAAAUUCAUGAUACUUAUUCCAUAUUUUUAAGUGUAAUAAAAAAAUAAGCGAGUUGUACAAUUAUGGAUGGGAAAAAAUAAAACGGUGAAGACUUUUA